UUUCAUUGAUGUUUCAUAAGUCUGUUGUUGUUGGUUAAUUUUUUCCAAUUUUCUCUCAAAUUUUCCUAGUUUUCUCAUAAAAAAUGCAAUCGGUCAGGAGAAUCCUUCCUUCUGUGCGUCCAAUCAUCCGGCAAUCAUCAUCUUUCCAUGCGGCACCCAAUCCGGAACAGAAGACUGCCGAUGAGUUGCUGACCAAUCAACCAGAAUUGGAUAAAUUGUACUCAAAACUAGAAAUUGAACUGAGAGGAGUUGAUCCCGCAGUGCUGAAGAGUUAUUCGUGGUUUGCAACCACAGCAGCUCAACAUCUUGGGAUUGAAGUUGGAAAAUGCUGGGCAGAGAAGAGACCUUACCACGAUCGGAUGGUCUUGCUCAGAAGUGUCCACAUUUUCAAGAAGCAUCGAGUUCAGUAUGAGAUGCGAACGUAUUUUCGCCAUUUGAACUUCCACAAACUCACAGGAUCAACACUGGACACAUUUCUGGAGUACAUUGAACGAAAUAUCCCCGAAGGAGUGGCACUGAAAGCUACAAAAGUUGAGGUACAGCAGCUACCGGAACACCUGACUACGCCACCGACGCUUAAAGAGUAAAAAGUAGUGAGUUUUUUAUUCAAGAUUUAUUCGUUUAUAAAAUCGUAAAUGUAGGAAAUUUAUUGCUAUAAAGAAAAUAGUUAAAGAGA